GGGCAUUCGAAAUCCCGAGUAGCGGUGCAUCUCCAUUCAAUCGCAAGCACUGGUUGACCAAUAAUGAGCCUCGCCGCGAAACUCUUCUCCCUGGCGCCGGCAACCGGAGGUGCUGCCGCUCUCUCGGCCGCCAGCGCCGUGCAUCCGCAUCCGCUUUUAGUGCAAGCACUCAAGCCACUGCGAAGCCACAAUAUUUACAGCAGAUGGGCGUUUCUGAUGCCUAGAAAUUCCAGCCAGAGAAAUGCAGCGACUGCCGAAUACCUCGACAAACUGAUAGCACGCUGGAGAAAGAAUUUUUCUCGGAUAUAUGCCCGUCGCAUCCUGGAGCUCGCCGCCGCCUCAGCCGCCGCCCAGGUAAUGCGUUCUGCGGCCGAGGCAAACACAAUAUCAAAACCUUUGGAAUGGCAAGGUUGGGAACAAAAGAAUUGGGAGGAAACAGCGCUCGCUUCGGUUGGAAGCACAAAGUUUGCGCGAUUCUGGAUGGCCACCAAACGAGUGGUCAAUUUGGCGAUAUUGGCUUCCCCGUUUAUAGCUCUAGCUCCACUUUCUCUAGUUUCGGACCAAGCUUAUAAAAUAUCUUGGAACUAUGCCUUGUGGGGAAUUGAAAAGGCCGGUCCGACAUGGAUCAAAUUGACCCAGUGGGCUUCCACUCGACAAGAUUUGUUCAGUCCCGAGUUUUGUCAACACUUCAGCAAGUUGCAAGAUGAUACUGAGGGACACUCAUGGGAAGAGACAAAAAAAGUACUAAAGGAGCAAUUUGGAGAAAAAGGAAUGGAGGCACUAGAGAUCAACUCGACCCCGAUAGGAUCUGGUUGCAUUGCCCAGGUGUACCAAGGACGGCUCAAGGAAGCUUCGGUGCGUUACCCCAAAGACACGAAGGUUGCGAUCAAAGUCCAGCACCCGGGAAUUUGGAACAAGGUCUGCGUUGAUUUUUACAUUUUCAACAAGAUCGCAAAAUUUUUGGAGGACCUUCCACGUCUCAACCUUCAAUUUCUCAGUUUAGUCGACACGGUCCACCAAUUUCGAGACGUCAUGAUACCGCAACUCGAUCUGAGCAUCGAGGCUUCUCACUUGAAUCGAUUCAACCAGAAUUUUGCCAACGACGAACAGGUGGCUUUUCCAAGACCAUUGGAAGAAUUGACUACCAGCAAGGUUCUGGUAGAAACCUUUUGCGAAGGUACUCCCAUCAUAAAUUUUGUGAAGGGAAACAGGCCGAUCGAGGAAAAAGAGCUAUUAGCCCGCAUUGGUUUGAGAAUGACGUUGCAAAUGAUAUUUUGUAAGUAGUAAAAUGAAGUGUAUCUUCCAUACAAUUGAUCGACCGAAUCCAAAGGUUUGAAUUUCUGUUAUGAUCCGUAUCUCAUUCGUCCGAACCUUCGUUGCUAACCAUUUGAAUUUUGUGCCAUACAAAAAGUGCACGACUUUAUUCACGGUGAUCUUCAUCCCGGAAAUAUUUUGGUUUCGGGGACGUACCCGGAUUUGAAAUACCAGGUUUUGGAUUGUGGCUUGGCCCUAGAAAUGGGCCCAAAACAACACGAAAACAUUGUUAAAGUGUUGGGUGCAUUUACGCGUAAAGAUGGCAGAACUGCGGGGUCAACGAUGGUGGACAUGAAGUCGGAGUCGCAGGCUUCUCCGGAGGGGAGAGAACUCUUUAUCGAAGGCAUUGAACAAAUAUGUAUCCUGGAUGGAGACCAAAACUUUAUAGAAAAUGUCGGUGACUACAUCACCGAUAUUUGCUCCUUGGCUUGCAUCCAUCGUGUGAAACUGGAAGGCGCAUUCGUAAAUGCAGCUCUAGCAGUAGAAAUCAUGGAAGGCCUAGCCAGUGCUUUGGAUCCAAAGCUGAAGGUUCAACAAGUGGCCUUGCCACUAGUUGUUAAGGCAGAAAUGAUGGUAAGUGAUAUCAAACGAAUGCUGUCGUGUUUGCGGUCACGAGUGACUGCGUCGUCGUGUUGCUAUUUCCUAGAGUUGUAUUCUUUUCAGUACAAAGAACAUGGUACCCUCACGCUUUUUUUUCAACCAUUAGCAUCGACUCGGGUUUCAAUAAACAAAGCCAACAGUU